UGUCAGCUGUUAUCUGAAGGGGUUGUGGCAAUAUUUGGUCCAGACAGUCCGACCACAUCGGCGCAGUCGCAGUGGAUUUGCCAAACCCACCAAGUGCCCUACUUUCUAGCCCAGUGGAAUCCCCUGGAAAUUUUGGACGAUGUGGCGGAUGAAUAUGGCGACAAUAGUGCCAGUGGAUUAUUCAACUACACCAUCAACUUACAUCCCACCCACAACGAGGUUGGUGACGCUCUUGUGGACUUCCUCCAUAAAGCCGAAGAGUGGCCGCAACUCGGCUUCAUAUAUUCGCAUGAUGAUAGCCUUGUGAAAUAUGAAAAGUUGCUCUCUCAAUUCAAAGGCAGUUUGAUUGUUCGUCGAUUGAAUACCGCUGCGUUAUCGCAUAAAUAUAUCAUCAAAUACUUCAUGACCACCAGCUCCCAGAGUCGAUUCGUGGUAGACAUCCCAAAGGCGGAAAUAGAAGAAUUCUUGAAACUGAUCGCAGAAUAUAACAUGACGGAUCAAUACCAUAGUUACAUAUUUACCGAUUGGGAUACUCAAUUCACCGAUCAAGCAGCAUUUAAUGUGGAUAAAGGCGCGAAUUUCACAGCCUUCUCUCUACUGCCCAUACUUCGAGUGAAUUAUCAAACAUCUGAGGAUGAUCAACAUACCUCGUUAACGGACAGCAUUGACUUCGAUCCAUUUCAGGAGCCUGAAGAUCACUACUCCACUUCCCAACAAAGUCUGACGUACUAUUUCCUAAUUUUGGACUCGCUGAAUCUUCUGGCACAUGGGAUCUCCCGUCUAGCCAGCAAAGUCUCAAUUCACCCGCCAAAUCCUAUAAUGUGCCAAUCUAAUGAAAUUUGGCCUCAAGGUGCCGAUUUGGUGACUGAAAUUAAAUCAGUCAAGGGGGACGAAUUCAGAGGGUACACAGGUUACGUCGAGUUUGAUUCAACUGGUCGAAGGAAGAACACAAACAUAACCAUUCUCGAAUUGAGCCAAGAUGGAACUCUGGAAUUUGGCUAUUGGAAUGAGGGGGAGAGAUUGGUGGUAACAAAGAAUUUCUCAACAACGCAAGCCGAAAUUUACAAAGAACUCACGGGCCAAGUUCUCAAGGUUGCCACAAUUGAGGAAGUUCCCUUCAUGAUGUACAAAGGACCCCCAGGAGAGGUGAAAUCUAUCAACAAGGACCAUUGGUAUGGAUUUUGCAUCGACCUAUUGGACGAAAUAUCCACUUCAUUGGGUUUCAAUUAUACAAUUCAUCCGGUUGCUGAUGGCAACUAUGGAGUUGGGAAAAUGAUAAAUGGAAAAGAGGUGUGGGAUGGAAUCAUCGGAGAACUUCAAUCCCAAAAAGCUGAUUUGGCCGUCGCAAUGCUAACGAUUAACUACGAACGCGAGAGAGUUAUCGAUUUUACAACACCAUUCAUGAAUUUGGGCAUCAGCAUUAUCUUCAAGAAGCCUGAGGAGAAGAAGCCUGACCUCUUCUCGUUUCUUCGGCCUCUUUCGCCAGCGGUUUGGGGUUACGUUGUGAUUGCCUACGUGGGCGUCAGUGUGGCCCUAUUCUUUGUGGCCCGAUUCAGCCCCUAUGAAUGGUCAAACCCUCAUCCCUGCAAUAUCGACUCUCCUCUACUCAAAAACAACUUCAAUAUGCUCAAUAGCCUUUGGUUUACUAUUGGCUCUCUUAUGCAGCAAGGCAAGCAUUUCAAUCGCGUGAGGUCACUAAAAUCGAUCUGUUUUUUAAAAAUCCUAGGUUCUGACAUUCUACCUCGAGCGACAUCGACGCGAAUCAUUGCCGGCUUCUGGUGGUUCUUUACCCUAAUAAUCAUAUCCUCAUACACUGCAAACUUGGCUGCCUUCCUGACAGUCGAGAGACUUCAGGCCCCAAUUGAAGAUGUCAAUGAUCUUGCCAAACAGACGAAAAUUAAGUAUGGAACCCGAAGUGGUGGCUCUUCCGCGGCAUUCUUUUCGAAAUCAAACCAAUCGAUCUACCAGCGUAUGUGGCAAUUCAUGUCCAGUCACAAAGGCGUGAUGAUCAAUAAUGCUGCUCAGGCAAUUGAGAAGGUAAAAAUGGGAGGAUAUGCCUACAUCCUCGAGUCCACAAUGAAUGAGUACUACACUCAACGCAAUUGCGACCUCACACAGAUUGGCGACAAUCUCGACUCAAAGGGAUAUGGAAUUGGAUUCCCACAAGGUUCCAAAUAUCGUGAUGCCUUCUCGGUGGAGAUUCUAAAACUUCAGGCUCUUCAAAAUUUGGAGCAAAUUCGUUUGAAAUGGUGGCGAAAUUUCAAUAAGACGCGAAACUGCAGUGAAAAAUCGAGUAAAUCGAAAGAUACUAGUUCACUAGGUCUCGAACAAGUGGGGGGAUGUUUUGUUAUGAUUCUGAUCGGUCUGGGAGCCUCCGUUAUGAUCAGUCUGCAAGAAUUUCUCUACAAAGUAUACCGACGUGCUCAGAUCACCAAGCGCCCUUUUAGCGAAGAAGUAGCGAGAGAAUUUCGUUUUUCCAUGGCGCGUUCAAGCACUCGAGACUUUGCGGCAGAAUCAGCUCUGCAUUUGCCACCACCGCCCCUACCUUCUCAAUGUUUACUGGCUACAAAAGAGUGUCGAAUGGCUGCCAUGGCAUAUGCACCUUGUCUCCCAGCUGUGGUAAGAGCUUCACCUCCGCCUGAUGCUUCCGGAAACACGGGCAACGCCAUCGGUGGACCUGUGAUACGUAGUCGAUCAAGUGACUCUAAACGACCUUCAGCACUUGAAGUUGCUAGAAUGCAUAGAAGGGCUUCAUCUUUCCGAAAAAUCCCCUCGCGUUCAUCAAUCAAAUACACUUCGCGUCAAUUCGAAGCUCCUAGUGUUGAACGGCCAGGGCCACAAUAUGCGAAUAAUCCAACGUUUACUUCCGAUUCAAAUCGCCAUCUAGCCCUUCCAAAUGGAAAUAUUGAUCAAGGAUUAAUCGGAGUGCAUUAUCCGGUUCCGAACUUAAAUCCUCCAAACCGCUACCCUCAUCAGGCUCAACCUCAAUUGCCAAUGCCUCAACUUCCUCAAUACGCCUAUGAUUCUGGAAAUAGUGGGCAGCCAUUUUCUCACCAAAUGACUGGACGAAAUUACGGUGACAUUCGCAUGAAAAAGUACACAUGCUAA